AUGAAGACAACAACUGGAUGUUGCAGGGAUGGAAGGGAAGGAUUCUUUAUGGUUCUUCGUGUUGGGUACCUACAUAGAAUCCUCAACUGGGAUAUCGGCAAUAACCGAGAUCGUGACCAAUAUAUUCCUUUUGAAAGGAUUACUUCAAACUAUGGGCGAAGCUAUAAUUCUCGAGUUCAUGCGCGCAUACGCAUCCAUUAUCGAUGUUACUCUCUCUCUUUCAUUGAUAAGGCACAUCUAGAGAAAGGAGAUAAAGUUCUUAUGCCUGCCUCUGCUCUUGAUCGUCUCACAUACAUGGGCAUCGAGUACCCGAUGUUGUUCGAGUUGACUAAUGCUUCCGCGGGCCGAGUUUCUCACUGUGGGGUUCUAGAAUUUGUUGCAGAUGAGGGCUUGAUCUACUUACCGUACUGGAUGAUGCAGAACAUGCAUCUUGAAGAGGGAGAUAUUGUGCAGGUGAAAAGUGCUAGCUUAGCAAAUGCAACCUAUGUCAAGCUGCAACCGCAUACUACGGACUUCUUGGAUAUGUCCAACCCCAAAGCAAUCUUGAAAACUACACUGAGGAACUACUCUUGCUUAACCGUCGGCGACACGAUCAUGAUCCCCUACAACAAUAAGAAUUACUAUAUCAAUAUAGUUGAAACAAAACCCUACCCUGUAGUCAGUAUAAUUGAAACUGAUUGCAAAGUGGACUUUGCUCCUCUUGAUUAUAAAGAAAUUGAAAAGCCGUCUCCUCCAUUGCAAUCAAACAAGAAGCUUAAAGUUGAAGAAGAGCCGUCGAGAAAGCGCAUCCCUUUCAGUGGUUCAGCAAGGCGAUUGGACGGUAAACCAGCUGCUCCGUUGCUUAAACAUUACCAUUCCGAUGUUGGUAGUGAAACUGUUGCUUCCAAAUCAUCAAGCUCUACUUCAAGUCAACGUGCUUGGAAGCUCGUAUUCGGUUCGAAUGGAAAUUGGCCCCAAAAUGAAACAGAAAAGGUUGCCAUGAGGAACAGUCAAGACCGCAGCAAAAGGAAAGAGCCAACUCAAGCCUUCACCGGGAGAAAGUAUUCACUGAUAUGA